GAGAAAUCUCAAGCCACCUGUGACAUCAAGAUCACUGGUGGAGUGGGAGGCAACAAGUCAGCGUGAGGCCUUCCACCCCCUUUUACUUACUAAGGCGUAACUAAAAGACCAUUAGCAAGCAUGGUGAAUGUUAUGAAAGGAAUCCUCAUCAAAUGAAUCUUAUUGAUGAACAAUACGAAAAAGUGUACUACAAUCAGAAAAGCAGCUUGGAGUAACUUAACAUAACAUAAUGGCAUCUCGGGAAUCAGGUCGCCUGAAAGAUGCUUCGUCCAAGCGCAUCCUGGAUGAGAGUGCCAGGAGAAGAAGGGCAAGGAAGGCACUGGAGGCUCUUGAGCAGGACAACUUCCAUGAUGAUCCUCAUGCAAAUUUGGUUAUGAGUAAGAAAGCACCUAAGUUUGAGGAGUCGCUUGAUGGCAAUAAAAACAAAGAUCGCAAGAGAAGGACCAGGAGCUCCGAAUACUUUAAACAGAGGUUCCGUAAAAACUUCACCAUUCUACUCGAGGAAGAGCAAGCACUGUAUCCUGAUGGCCCUAAUUAUCUGACAGUUCAAGCCCCAUCCUCAAAAAUGCCUGAGCGACGUCUGUGUGCAGUUUGUGGUUUCCCAGCACCCUACACAUGUAUCCCAUGUGGUGCAAGAUACUGCUCCACCAAGUGCCUCUCCACACAUGAGGACACACGGUGUUUGAAGUGGACUGCCUAAAGAAUUGCUUCAAUGAAAGCUUGGUGAACAAAGGAAAAGAUAUAUUGAUGCUAAGGGUUUAAAAAUGUAAAUUUAAAUUGGUUACACUUCAGGACUACAAGGUAAUUGGAAAUGGCUCGGCAAGUAACUUGAGAUGUGAAGGUAUGGAGAAAUAAUGUAUUAUGGCAGAAUAGUUUUAAACUGCCCCCCCCCCAAAAAAAAAAUGUUUCCCCCGUCUAAUUUAUUUUUAAAUCUAUUCAUGUAAUUUAAACUUUCAAGCUAAAAGUACACUAUUAAAAAAGGCAACCUUCUUAAAAAGGUUUUGGGUUAGUAAUGUGGUGGUAAUAAAUAUGGCAAUUUUUUAUCAGCAUGUGCAAUUUAUCUUAAAAUUUGCUCAUGUAAUGCAAAUUAUCAUGUAGCUACUCAAGCGGAAAAUCCACUCAUCAGAAAAGACCUAACCUUCUUAAAAAGAUUUUGAGUAACUAAUGGGGUUUAGUAGUAAAUAUGAAUUUUUUUAUCAAUAUGUAUUAGAUUAUUCUUAUGGAAAGCAUAAUAAUUUCUAUAUCUGGUUUGUCGUCCCUGCUGCAUGAUCAAUAUUUUUUGUAGAAAAAUCAUUGUACAAUAAAAUACUAUAAUGAUCA